CAAAAGUGAUUGGUAUAACAAUUUGUUAUAUGCAUACUAGUAUAGAAAAAACUAUCAUAUAUUCUGGACAAACUAAGAUUUGUGAACUUAGAAAAAAAAUUGUUAAGGAUGAGGUUAAAAAAACAAAACUAAGACAGGAGCUUAAAGCAAGAACUAAUAAGCUAGAGAAAACUAUAUUGUAUUAUUCAAUUAAGAUUAGUAAACUUAAUAUUAUAAUUGUAAAACUAAAAAAUAAGACAGUUAUGAUUAAACUUAAGUCUGAAAAUAUAGAGUUGAGAGAUAGAAUUAGAAAAGUAGAGCAGAGGCAAAUACUAAGUAAUAAUAUUUCUAAA